UUGGUUUUUGCGGUUGUCUCCCAUGCACAGGUGUGUGUGCACAGGUAAUUGUGAAGAAAACAAUAAAAGAGUACAUUAGUAAUACGGCACUCCUACAGUAGAGGUGAUACGGGAGAGUUUAUAAGUUAUGAUGGACACUUUACAGUUUUACUUAUUCCCAUGAUCUAUUCGGAGAAAAAGGAGGGAAACGAAGCGACUUCGCAACGAGACGAUGUCCCGAUUUUCGCGGUUAAUUCCGCGAUUUUUGAGAGGCGACAAGUCUAAAAGUUCUGUUUCUAGGGACAGUGGGUCUUUGGAGAGGGCCAAGGAUGGACCCUUGUUCCGAAUUCUCUGCCUUGACGAUACGGAUCUUCAUCUUUCAUUCAAGGGAAGUUCCAAAGCCUCGAACUUGCUGGAUAGGGUCUUUGCCCAUCUAAAUCUGGUGGAAAAGGACUACUUUGGUCUCCGUUUUGUCGACCAGUCAGAUCAAACGCAUUGGCUAGACCCUCAGAAGCCAUUGUCAUCUCAAUUAAAGUCAUGCAGUCAACCUUACACAUUCUAUUUCGGUGUCAAAUUUUAUCCUCCAGAUCCUUGUAAACUUAAGGAGGAAAUUACCAGAUACCAGUUUUUUCUACAAAUAAAAAGAGAUAUUCUUCAAGGGAGGUUACCCAUCACUUUUGAUGAAGCUGCAGAGUUAUUUGCCUUUGCAGUGCAAGCUGAACUUCGAGAUUAUGACCCAAGAUACUGCAGUGAGGGUUAUGUCUCUGAAUUUCGCUUUGUCCCCAAUCAAACUCAGGAAUUAGAGGAACAGAUCGCCAGAUUUCACCAGCAUCUUGGUGGAAUGAGUCCAGGCCAAGCAGAGUACAAAUUCCUGGAUAAGGUGAAAUGGCUGGAUAUGUAUGGAGUGGAUCUUCAUUCUGUGCUGGGUGAAGGAAACACAGAAUAUUUUCUAGGCUUGACUCCAACGGGAAUUGUGGUGUACAAGAACAAGUCAAAAGUGGGAAACUAUUUCUGGCCAAGAAUAACAAAGGUCACAUUUAAAGGGAAAAUUUUCAUCAUUAAAGUCCGAGACAAGAAUAAUGAUGAGCAUACCUAUGCCUUUGAGGUUGCCACAAAGACUAGAACAAAGCACCUAUGGAAGUGUUGUGUUGAGCAUCAUACAUUUUUUAGAAUUAACCAGCUAGCGGAUACCUUAGCAAUCUCAUCCAAACACUCUAGACACGGAUCCAGACGGAGUGGUCGGAAUGACAGACAGAAUAACAACGAUAUAAGACAACAGCCAAUGGUUACUAGGAUACCAAGCAGACGACAACCAACCAGAAGCAAGUCAGACUCCAAACUCAAUGGAGGAAAGGCCGGCUCCUACUACAGUGUUAUCAACGAUGCUGCUGUCACCAGAGUUGUAGCCCCUGAACCAGUCCAAGGAUCUCGUCACAGAAGUCUUCCUGAUUUACAGAGAAACCAAUCACCGAGGAGUACGCGCAGUGCCCCCUGGGAGAGGGAUGCUGAUACUGGGUUAUACACAUCUGGCCGGGAAUCCCCUGUAUCUCUACACAGUGAUGUACAGAAGUUUCCCAGGAGAGUGGGGCAGACCAGUGAUACAGAGAGUGGCCAUAGGCGCAAAUAUUUCCCAAAGAACAAAGGUUCAGACAACGAAAGUGAUGUUUCUUUUUCAAGAAGAAGAAGGAGAGAUGGAGACAGUGGAAGUGAAUCGGAUGUGUCUCCUAUGAGGGGGCGUCGCCCAAAAAGUUCGGUGGAACCCUGGUAUGAAAACCAAUGGAAUGAGACCAUGCAAGGAAUGUUUCCAGCACAUAGUGAAAGCUAUAUGAAUGGCUCUGUUCCAUCCAUUCAUUCUGCUCCUGCGGGUGAAGUCAAAAGGAGAAGACGAAGAAGGACAAAGUCACCAGGAACAGCAAAACGCCCUCCAGAGGAAUUAAAACAACACAUUGUGUAUGACUUAGUAGAUACAGAAGGAAUGGCUCCAGAAGAUCUACAGGAUAUUCCUUACAUGAAAGUCGAAACUAAAGCUGAACCCUUCAAGAUCAAGUAUUCUCCACAUGUCAACAUACGACAGCGGUAUAGGUCUCCAAAAAGGAAAGGAUUUGGGGACCAAGAUCCCAGCCAAUCACAACUACCUCAGAAUGGGGAGCCACCCCCUCCCUACACACCCUCCGAGUCGGCCCGCAGGACUCCAGAAUUAGGUCACAGGAACUACAUGAGUGACACCAAUGCCUAUAAUAACAGAAGUGAUCUAGAAACACAGAGCAAUAAAUCCGGGUCCACUUACAGAUCAGCAAGAUACAGGCCGGAGCAAAUAUUUUAUUACGGUGAUGCUGUGUCAAUCACAUCAUUUGACACGUCUCGUAGCUGGGACACUUCGCGCAGCUACAAUACAUUUUAUCAGAAUCAGAUAAAUUCUAACAAAGAGAGUAUACCAGAGCAAUCAUUUGGUCACAGGAUGGACAACAUUAGAAGUCGACCCCCCAGUUCCGCAGGGUCUGCGAUCCAAUACCGAGUUCAGAGCACAAAACAAGAAAACACUAGCACAAAUCAGUCUGAUGACACUCUUGGUCCAAAUUCUGAAAGUGUGUCAGAUGACACACUGGAAGCCAUUGAUUAUGGAACUGAGUCUAAUGUUGCCACGGAGACAGAGGUCAAGGACAGACAACCCCGACCAGGAUCAUCUGAACAGCGAUACAGGGGUACCGGUGGCUACACAUCGGAUGUCACUCCAAGUCAUCCGAGAACAAGUGGAUACAUGUCGGAUGUAGUGUCAAGUCGCUCCCAGAAUUACCGAUCAAACACUCCAAACAAUUACAGACCUGCAGCUAACUCUAAAGAAAACAACAGUCCAUUUACUGAUGUGUCUAAAGUGUCACAGAGGUACAGAAGUCCCGUAAAUGGGGCACAGGUACAAAAUGUGAACUCCCUCCAGCAAGAGAAUUCACCUUACAAUAGGACAGUGAAUAAUUCACGGCAGGAAAAUUCACCCUACAGCAGAAGGCACCACAAUGAAAACUUCUCCCCACAGAACAAUGUGUCAGAUGUCGAAUCAUCACGACGUCAUCGCACUCCCGAAUCUUCACGUAAAUAUGAACCUCCAUCGUCAAAUAUCAAUCAUCGUCCUCCUCCUGCUCCUUAUUCUGGGUAUUCUGUCACACCUCCGUCCACAGCUGAAAUUCUCAGAACUGAUAAUGCACAUAUUCAUGAACAGAGCCGGUCUUAUUUAGGCCAGCAACAUUCUGCCGCUGUUCCAUCCACUCCAGAUCGUGGCAGGAGAGUGGGCUAUAGUGCUAGUUCAGGAGACAACGUAAACUCAUCCAUAACUUCAAGUAACUUGUCUUCCAUAGCUUAUAACUCAUCCCCUUACAAACAAACUACCCCCUCCAGUGUUCAAACUGAUAACACAAGCCAACCGUCCAGUGUGUUUACUGGGAAUUCUCCCAAGUCCUAUAAUGCCCAUGUUAGUGCCCGCUUAUUCAGUCCACAGCAAAUGGCUGACUUUUCUAGACAUUCUGCCCAGGAGAAUGCAUCAUAUAAUAGUUCAGGAUAUGCCCCAAAUAGAAGCAAUAUUGAACAAAAUAACUCAAUGUAUAACAAGAGCCAGUUCUCUGGGACACCACCUCAGAGCAACACAUCAUUUAAUCACAGACAAUCGCAGGCCAGAGGAGUUCAGGAAAGGUCUCCCUAUUAUGACCAAAGGGGGCCCUCCAGCCGACAACACCAGGAGAAUUUCCAGUAUGGAGACAGAAGCCAGACCCAGAGCAGAAACGGGCCAGACCGAUCACAGUAUCAGGGGAGGACACCAGAUAAAGCAAAUCAGAGUUACUCCUCUUAUAACGGGCAUGCUGGAGUGCCGUCACGGACUGACUACUCCAAUGCUAACAGUUCUCUCAAUACUUCACAGUUUCAUUCCUCUCGGCUUGGUUAUCAGCAAUCUCCCUCAUACUCAUCACCAGGAAAAACACAUCAUCCUCAUCAUCUCCAAGCAUCUACACGAUCUGGAUUCAGCAUCCCCUCACAGAGAGGCUUGAAUCAUUCUGCUGUAGAUGCUAGUGCCUUACGGCCAGUGUAUCGGGGUUCACACAGACACGACCUGGUCACAGAAAUAUAAGGGGCUUGAUAUUUAUGCUUGGUACCAGAUGACUUCAUAUCCUGUGUUUGUGUGUUUCAUAAUACAUGUACCUGCAACGUUAAAUUUGCUGCCAGUUGAAGUGUAUACAUGUAUAUAUUUCUCUAUGCAUUCAUGAACUCGUGCAUGAAAAUGGUGUGUCAAUACUAUAUGUAGCUCUGUGUGCAUGCUAAUCGAUUUUUUAUUUACUUGUACAUGUAUUAUAUCAAUUGAAAAAAUUGGUGGUCUUAUCAAUAAGCAUCAGUGCAAUACUAAUUCAAUAUUCUUUAUAGUAACAAUAUAUGUACGUGUAUUUCUUCAUUAAAACAAAAUCUAGAGACAUAUUUUAGGGACUUUCUCCUGUUUCAAAGCCAUGUUUAUUGAUCAAAUUACUGAUAUGUGAUGAUUUGUGAUAAAUUCUGACUAUUGGAUGGAGAUUCUGAUGUUAUUUUAUAUUCAACAGAAAGGGGUUUAUUUUUCAACAUGUAAACAUGCAUUUAGAUUUUAAAUUUCAUUAUCACAAUUGAAUAUAGUAAACUACUUUGUAUAACAAUUAAAUUUAGUAAGUUGAUAAAUUUGUUUAAAGACUAAUAUCUUUUGAAAAAGGAAACAUUUAAAGAUAUUUUUGGACAUCAAUUAAUAAAAUGUACAGUGAAGUGGUUCAUAUAAUUUGACUUUUGUACAUAUUUCAGCUAUUUAUAUAUUUAUAUGGAGUUUGAAUUAUAUUUCCAACAUUUAAUAGUUGUUUUAUGUUCUGGAAAUACAUCUAAUUAUAAAAUUAAUGAUACCUUUUAUUUCGACU